GUUUCCUUCCCCCCUCUAGCAGUGAAUGGCUUGAUCACUCCCCUCCUCUUCUUUUCUUGUCAUUUACACGGCUAAAGAAUAGCUACUCCAGGGGCGAGAAUCACAAUUUCUGUUUGAGAAGACCAGUAACGGAUUUCGUCUGCUAUCCAUACAAUCACAGGAUUUUACUCCUCAACCUGCUUGUGUUUGUUGCUUGCAUUCUCUGGAUUAUUUGCGGACUAUAUUAUAAAGGAUAUGAACUAAAAUGGCAAGUAUGAUUGUUUGCUUAGGUACCAAGUAAAUGACUGAAGCCUAAGAAUUAUUCUGCAAAAUUAGUCUUUUUGUUGCUGUUUUGUAGAAACUUUAAUCACUGCAAGCAACAAACACAUCCAUAGGAUUGUUACUGAACCCUACAUAGAAAUUUUAGGUCCAACAACUAUUACACAUUUUUUUUUAAAGAAGAAGCAUGCAUUAAACAGCUGCUAAUAGUGCUUAAAUUAUUCCAAAUGAACAAUAUACUAUGCUAUUGCUGUUGUAAUGCAUUGUUUGUGUCUUGUAUAUUCUUGGUGUCACACUCAUGUAAGUGAAUGAGGAACUGAGUUUCAAGAUUUAAAAUAAAAUCUGUUAGGCUGACACUUGCUAAUUUAUUACAAUGGUAUAUUAAUUAGCUCUCUAUGCGAGAACAGCAGAUUGUGUUGUGGGAGUAAUGUUUUCUUCUGUUUCCAAAACACAUUGUAAAUGAUGAAAACCCACAUUCCAUUUCAGAUACUCGUCAUUUGUCACUGUUUGGCUGAAGCUGCUGUUCCUUUGUCCAUAGAAUAUAGUUAUAGACUGUUUUAUUGGAGGUGCUCUAUUUGAUAUGGAUCCCAGAUUGGCUUAGAUCAAUACUAGCUGUUCAAUAAGCUCCUAGGAAUUCAGAGAAGUGUUGCAUGUGUUGGCAAGUAAAGAGUUACAGAAUGGAAUAUUCCAAUAUGAAUGUUACAUUUUUGAAAUCUGUUUAUUCAGCGACACAUUGAGAACAGGUAGCGUUAAAUUUGAAUUUGCUUCUCUUAAAUGUUGGUAACUUAUUUUAAUACAGGGAACAUAUUUUUCUGGCUGAUGAUUGGAUACACUAAAACAUAACGUGAGCCAAUGCAGUGCUGCAUACAAUUCAAUGGCUGCUAUGUACUCGCUCCUCCUUCGUUUCCUUUCUGUUGCCAGCUAGAUUUUACCGUAGUCUCUCUGCCUGAUGGAAAAAGAAAUGACAAAACAACGUCGAUUGCAUCGUUCUUUUUUUCCAUAAGGAUUAACAGCUCGGUGAUCAAGAUGUGCUGAAGGGGGAAAAAGGGACAUACCAGGCAUUUUUUGCAAUGAUUCAUCCAGCAGGUUACCGUGUUUUGCAAGUAGGAAUACUGCAUCUUUUUCCUUUGUGGCUGCUUGUAAACCUUACAUAUGCACAGUUCCGGUACUCUAUCAAUGAGGAGCUGAACAGGGGAGAAAUUGUUGGGAAUAUCGCUAAGGAUCUUGGAACAGAUGUGGCCAAACUAGUAGCUGCUAAUCUCCAGGUACUUUCCGAUUCUGAUUCCCAAUAUUUCUCUGUAAAUGUAAACAAUGGAGCCAUAUUGGUGAAUGACAGAAUAGAUAGAGAGCUGCUUUGUGGACAGAGUGUUUCAUGUAUAUUAAAUUUGAAAUUUGCUAUAGAGAAUCCAGUAGAAGUAUACAGGAUUGAGGUGGAAAUAUUAGACAUUAAUGAUAAUUCCCCUCGAUUCCAGAGUGAAGAGCUGACUUUAAAAAUAAAUGAGUUGGCAUCCACUGGUGCUAGGUUUCUUAUUCCAAAUGCACAAGACCCAGAUAUAGGCUCUAAUGCUUUGCAGGAAUACCAUCUCAGCCCCAGUGAAAAUUUUGCUUUGAUUGUAAAAAAGCGUGCUGAUGGUAAUAAAUUUCCAGAGUUAGUUCUAGAAAAGGCUCUAGAUAGAGAACAGACAGCUGUCCACCACCUAGUACUGAAAGCAGAAGAUGGUGGGGUUCCAUGUAGGUCAAGCACCAUGCAGAUCACAAUCAUAGUCCUGGAUGCCAAUGAUAAUCACCCAGCAUUCGAUCAGCCUUCUUAUAAUGUCCAAUUGAAAGAAAACGCCCCCAAAAACUCUUUAGUCAUUAAACUUAAUGCAACAGACCUAGAUGAAGGGCCUAAUGGAGAGAUUGAGUACUUUUUUAGCAGUCACAAUUCUGAUGCCUUAAGCAAUAUUUUUCAGCUGAAUUCAGAAAUAGGUGAAAUUAGGGUACUUGGAAAUUUGGAUUUUGAAGAGAUUUCAGUUUAUGAGAUUGACAUUGAAGCUAGAGAUAAGGGAAGUCCUAUCAUGGAAGAACAUUGCAGUGUAAUUGUCCAUAUUAUUGAUGUAAAUGAUAAUACUCCUGAGAUGACUAUAAGUGCAUUUUCUAGCUCAGUGCCAGAAGACUCACCACCUGGGACAGUAGUUGCUGUUAUAACUAUAAAAGACAAAGAUCAUGGUGAUAAUGGAAGGGUGCAAUGCCAAGUAGACAAAAACCUUCCAUUCACCGUAAGGGAAGAUUUUGAGCACCAGUUUUCCUUAAUAACAAGUGAUCAUUUGGACCGUGAAAGUGUUUCUGAAUACCAUAUAACAAUAACUGCAAAAGAUAUGGGUAAUCCCCCGCUUUCCACAGUAAAAGUUAUAUCAGUUGUAGUUUCUGAUGUGAAUGACAACACUCCCCGGUUUGUUGAACCAGUUUAUGAGGUUUUCGUGGAGGAGAAUAAUAAAGCCGGUGAGUUACUUUGUACUGUUUCAGCUACGGACCCAGAUUUGGAUCAAAAUUCACGUCUUUCUUAUUCCAUCUUACAAAAUCCUAAAGAUGACUACGGUAGCACAUCUCAUAUAUACAUCAACUCUGAAAAUGGACAGGUCUACCUAAAAUUUCCUCUGGAUUAUGAAAGGAUUAACUACUUCCAAUUCCAAAUAGAAGUUUCUGAUGCUGGCUCCCCACCUCUUAAAAAUAAGACUGUUGUGCAUGUUUUUGUUCUUGAUCAAAAUGAUAAUUCUCCAGUGGUUGUCUUUCCUGUAGUUGGAGCUAAUUCAGUUGCCCAGUGUAAAAUCCCACGUUCCACUGGACCAAAUGUUAUGGUAAGCAAAAUAUCUGCUGUAGACCACGACUCAGGUCGAAAUGCUUGGCUUUCCUAUAACUUACUUGAAGCAACGGAUCCCACUCUCUUCAGUAUUGUAAUGAGAACUGGUGAAAUAAAGACUAAACGUGCUAUUCAAGAUGUUGAUCCAACUCUACAUGAGCUGCUUUUGUUGGUAAAAGAUUCUGGAGAACCCUGUUUAUCCACUUCAGUUACAGUAAUGAUGACCCUAGAAGACAAAGACCUAGAGGUGUCACAGGGUGUAAAGGACCAUUCUAAAAAAAGGAAUAUCUCUAGUCUUACUUUGUACUUAAUUGUGUGUUUAAUUGUCAUUUCUGUCAUCUCAUUAAUUGGUUUGGCAGCCCUUGGAAUUAAAAUUCACAAGUGCGAAAACAAGAAUUUCCCUCUUUGUUGCCGACAAAGUCAAAAGAAAGCAGUUGUGGCAGGAUCUAAGCUACAUGGAACGUUUCAGCUUCACCCAAGCCUUUGUAACACUAUAAUAGGUGUCCGAGUGGAUUGUGCUGGAAAUAUCCCAUCUAACCGAAGGGUCAGAACAUGUUUCUCCCCAGUCUCAGAUAUUAGUGAGUUUAUGUUUAUGAGGCCACCUCAUGUCACAGCUAGCUCCUCUUCCCCGGGGAUACUGGUUCCAGAUCCUAACUUCUCCAUUGCUUCCAAUGAGCAGGCACAAGCCAACAUGGACUGGCACUUUUCACAGGCCCAAAGACCAGGAACCAGUGGCACUCAAAAUAACGAGGAAGGUGGAGUGUGGCCAAAUAAUCCAGUGGAAACAGAAAGGCUUCAGGCAAUGAUCCUGGCAUCGGCAACUGAAGCUGCUGAAAGUGCCAACAUUGGAGGAGGAACAGGGACUAUGGGUCUUGGUGCCUGCUAUGGGCCUCAAUUCACUCUACAGCAUGUACCUGACUAUAGACAGAACAUAUAUAUUCCAGGGACUGCAACGCUUAAUGCUGCUGUGAAACAAGAAACAAGAACUCCUGCACCCUCAGGAGGGAACAAGAAAAAAGCAGCCAAAAAGGAGAAAAAAUAAUAUUUCCACAGCUGUGUGCAACUUACACCAAGCGAACGUAUUACUCUAAGCACUUAAUCCCAACCAAAUCAUAUUGAAUGUUACAAAGAAAGGCAAAAAAAUGAAAGUGAAUGUUCAUGGUUUAUGAUGAAAAAUUGGUUUUGAUAGUAGAACUUUUCAUGAACCAUAAAGGAUUUUUUUCAUAAGUGCUAUCAUAAUUUAUAUUAGCCAGUGAUUUGUUAUACUGUUUUUAUUUCUCCCACCUGUAACAAAAUGACCUCCCCCUCAAAAAAAAAAAGAAAAAAAAAAUCUAAAAUAUAUAAUUUUAUACAAAAUUAUCCAGGUCAGCCAACGACAAAAACAGAAGUCGACUGACUCUAAAACCUUUGCACUGUAAUUUUAAACUCUGUAUUUGAUUUGUAAAUGUUUUAACAUGUGGGAUUGUUGAUUACCUUAGUGUAAGGUUCUUACUAGAUUGUAGCAUACAUAGUUUCUGAAAAAUUGCUCUUUUGUGUUAGAUUUUAAGGAAGCUACAUACAAUGAUCAGUAUCAAAGAGCACAUUCUAUUUGCCAAGUAAAUUUUACCUUUGAAUUUUCUCAGCCCUUACUGUUCAGUAGUACAUAACCCCUUGAUGUAGAAACUUCAGAAGAUUUAUACACUGUGGUAUUAUUUUACUUACAUCUCAAGACAAUGGCUAUCACUGUUAAUGCUGAGAUGAAAUAUGAAGACUUUUCCAAAAAUUGUAAGAUUCAGGUAGGCUUUUGCCUGGAGAAUAUUUAAGAGCUGGCCACAAAUUUUUAUUUGUUCGAUCCAUUAAAUUUACCAGCAACUACAGUUUAGUGGACAAAAACACAGAUGUUUGUAAUUUUUUUUCGAUCUGGCACAUUCAAUUUUGACCUGCCUUAGGGUUCUUGCACACAGUUGUGAUAUACAGGCAUAUGUAUGCCUGAAAUACUGAACACAUUUUUUUCUUUUACUGAUCUACACACAGCACAAGUUUACAUGCCUGAGUGUACAUGCCCAUUAAAAAAAAUGGACUGCGUUUAGAUCAUUAAAACUAAAAAAACAUGAAUGCCUAAAAAUAUGGCUUUUGGCAUCCAUGUGCAAGAGCCUUUUACACAGUCUAUACAAUGUAACAAUUUUCCACACUGUAAAAAAAACAAGAAAACAGAGAUGUUUCAAUAAAUGGGAUGGGGAAGGGAAAUCAAGUGUUGUGUGCCUGCACUCCAGUUUUGUAUAGUUGAAUGUGUAAUAAAUAGUACAUGAAUGUCAAGAAACAACUAAUAUGGACCCAGGGGCCUUUCGGCAACUGCUUUAGGAUCAAAAUUACGCAAAAUGUAGCUGAAGCUAGAAGUUGAAAGCUGAAAGAGUUACUGGCAUGUAACAUCAUUAGUUAUCAAUAUAAAAUAAGAUGCAAUUAUCAAUAUAUAAGGAGAUAUGGUGAAAGUCUAUGUAAGCGCUACAAAAGUUCUAUGGCUUGAAAAUGAAAUGUUGAUUGGCAUCUGUACCUAAUAUCAAGCCUAGUUUGUUCUAUAACUCACAAAAUGUAUUUACUUAUAACAGGAGGGCUGCAAAAUUAUGAAAAAAAAAUCAUUUGUUUAAUCAAAUGUAAAGAAUGUAUGUUGUGAUUGUAAUCAUGUAUAAGCGACUGUGUAGCAAAUAAUAUAGUAUUACUUAAUGUGAUCUUAAUUUUUAUUCUGAUAGUAAAUAAAACACAAAGGUAAAAACCUCA